UUUUUUUUAAAUGGCCAAAAAAGGGGUGACUCCUUGUUACUUCACUUUCCUAAAGAGAUUGAAAACUAGCAAUUGACACCAGUCUUAAUAUUGUCAUAAUGUUAAUUUUGUAAAUUAUGGUGACCAUGCAUGUAUAGGAGGAUGAUAAAGGAGGGUAUGCUUUGCCUAUGAGCAUUUAUUAUCAGUUGGUUUCUCAGAUCUUCCCUCACUUGUGAUGUCUAAUUAAAAGUAAAAGUAGCAAAUUCUCAAAUCAAGAAGCUGGAACUAUGAAAUGUUUGUCAGCCGUCAGCUGAUAAGUUAUCUCAUGUGUAAUGUGUGUGCCAGCUUUUGACGAGGCAGCAAAAGGCAACAAAAAUAAAUAAAUAAAUGACAGCUUCUUGCAAUCCUUUUUGGUUUUAAACCAUCAGUUAAGAAUAAGAAAAUGAUGCUGUUGCAAUGAUAAAUCAAGACAUAAGCACUCAGUCAAUGUGCAGCAAAGAUGAUGUUUCUCACAGGAUCAUAACCACAAACUAACUGUCAAAACAGAAACUGUCAUUUCUGUACAUUUAAUUUAUAUGAAUGUACUGAAUGCACCAUUUUAAACCUUAAUAAUCCAGAAAACUGGAUGUUGCUUUCAGUAAGGGUUAUACAGUUUUGCAUGGCAGUAUUUUUGGACACACUUCAUGUUUCUCUUUGUCAGGCAAAAUCCUCGCUGGGGAGCAGCCAACACCGCCUUGGUCAGAUGGCUACCAGCUGAAUACGAAGACGGGGAGAGCGAACCAAAAGGCUGGAACCCAGAACGGCUCCAUAAUGGAUUCCAACUUUCCCCGGCCCGGACAGUCAGCAGGGAAAUAAUGACAAGUGCUUCUAAAUGGAAAGAUGAUUCCUAUUCUCAGCUGCUGGUGGACUGGGGCCAGUAUAUAUCCCAUGACAUAACCCUGACGCCUCAAAGCACCAGCACUGAUGGGUCAGAUGUGGACUGUCUAAAAACGUGUGAAAAUGUGCAUCCGUGCUUUCCCAUUCAGAUGAAUGAUGGUCUACAAGGCUGUAUGCCAUUUUUUCGCUCCACAUCAGACUGCUUUGUCAAUUUUCAGUCUGGUAUAAGACAAGCCCUGCAGCGACAACAGCUCAAUGCCAUGACUUCAUUCAUUGAUGCUUCUGCUGUCUAUGGCCACAAUCAAAAGCUGGAGAGCUUCCUUCGUGACCUUCCUGGCCGUAAUGGAAAACUUGCUGUCAAUGACCGAUUCAAAGAUCCAAAAGGAAGGCCUUAUCUCCCAUUCGUAACCAAGCUGCCAUCAGCCUGCCACCAAGAUCUGCAAGGAGAAAGAGUUGAAUGCUUCAGUGCAGGAGACAGCCGGGUCAGCGAAGGUCUGCCUCUGACUUGUUUGCACACGCUGUGGCUCAGAGAACACAAUCGGAUUGCAGAUGCACUGAAACACAUAAACGGUCACUGGAGCCCAGAGAUGAUAUACCAAGAGACUCGUAAGAUUAUAGGAGCACUGCACCAGAUCAUAACCCUGAGAGACUAUGUUCCAAAAAUUAUUGGUCCAGAGUCCUUUAAACAUUACAUUGGUCCCUACAGGGGGUACGAUCCAUCUGUGGACCCCUCUAUCGCCAACGUGUUCGCCACAGCCGCAUUCAGGUUCGGCCACGCAACCAUCUCCCCAAUCCUCUGGAGACUGAAUGAGAGCUUCCAGGAGGAUGAGCGCUUCCCCCACUUGAGACUGCACAAUACUUUAUUCAGUCCAUGGAGAAUAGUCAAAGAAGGGGGGAUUGAACCAGUCCUGAGAGGCGUAAUUGGAUCUGCAGCGUCAGCUGUUAGCACAGACAUGCUGUUGGCUGAUGAAGUAACAGAGAGGCUGGUGGUCCUUGAUACACUGAAGCACAUGGACCUGGCUGCGCUGAACCUGCAGAGAGGACGAGAUCACGGCCUCCCAGGAUACAAUGAUUGGAGGGAAUUCUGUGGAUUGCAGCGUAUUAAGACAUUGGGUGAUUUGUCACUGGUUGUGGGAGACUCCCGGGUUGCUAAGAGAAUACUUGACCUAUACAAACACCCCGACAACAUCGAAGUAUAUCCAGGAGGACUUGUUGAAAGGCUUUUGCCUGGCUCAAGAACUGGUCCUCUCUUUGCUUGCCUGAUUGGAAGGCAGAUGAAAGUGCUCCGUGAUGGUGACAGAUUUUGGUGGGAAGCUGAUGGUGUGUUUACCCAGCAACAGAAGGAGGAACUUUUAAAAUUUUCUCUAUCCCAUCUGAUCUGUGAGAAUAGCGACAUAGCAGAAGUUCCUCUUGAUCCGUUCAGAUUUGGGAAGUACCCAUCUCAUUUUGUCUCCUGUGAUCAGAUACCCUCAAUGAAUUUGGAAGCUUGGAAAGAGGAAAUGGGAGAAGACUUAAAACGGUGUGGCCUUCCUAAACAGAUCAACAAUGGAGAUUAUAUCUUGUCCUCUACAUCUGGAAAACUGGUUGCUCUAUACUCUUGUUACCAUGGUUUCACAUUAAAGGGUGCUGCUGUCAUAGUUUGCAUGGGCAAUCGAUGGUGUAAUCAACCUCCACAAUGUAACAGGGAAUCACCCCUAAGAUGUUAGCGAUGCAACAGCACGGGAAUUGCUUCAUGGGUUUAUAAUCAAGCUCACAUGACAUUACUGAUUUUUCUUUGAUUUUAUUAUCUGCAACAUUUAACUCUGGAAAAAAUACUAAUAUUUAUGUAGUUAUAUAUGUAAACAUUUCUCUUCAUGCAUGUGUUUUUUAAUUUUUAUUUCACAAAAGGUAAGAAAAAAAGUAAAUUUUUGUAUAACACUGUGAUA